AUGAGCUUUAAAUCCCAGUAUAAGGGGCGCGAUGAGAUCUUUGCACAGCUACUGCCUGCGUUUGAGGAAUGCUUUGGCAACACAGCCCUGGACCGAAUCACCGAGAGGUUUGGGGAAACCUACACCCUUGCACACCAGGCGGCCAAACACCUGGACUUGGAAGUAAAAAGACUGGGCCAUGGCAAGGAGAAACAGGAUGCGGCAGAAGCCCUUCUCACAUACAUGCGCAGUGACAGGUGUCAAAAUCUGCUGUCGGGGUUGACACUGUUCUCGCGUUGCCAUGACGACGUGGUGGAAGAAGUCUGCCGCUCGAAUAUACCGUCCACACUGUGCAAGUGCGUGUUCUUGUUCUCGGAUUUGAAGCCGUAUCUGGGGAGUGAUGCCAAGAAAGAGUUGCAGGAGAGACAGGCUGUUGCAGGCAAGUUAUUUGGCCUUCUGACCAACCUGGUGGACCGUAAAGCGGGACUACAGGAGCUAUUACAGGGCAAUAACAACUUCACGCUGCUCUCCCGAGUAACCCUGAGCAGGAGCACUAAUAUGAAUGUCAUAUGGCGUGAUGGGGCUAUGGACGUUGUUGUGCACAUGUUCAAGUCAUCUCCCGGAACUAAGCGCAAGACGCGCCAUGUGACGCUUGUACGCGCGCUGCAAGAGCGGCAAUUCAUGAGCAACCUCAUCGAAAGCGUGCGACGCGAACGCACAGACGUGUCCUUUCAAAUGCGCAGUCUGCGGUUUGCCGUUGAGUUGUUAACUGCUGUGGGGGCCUUCUCUGCGUUGCUAGAGACUGACUUUGUGAACGCUAAGGGAUACGAAAUGAUAGCCAAAGUGGUGCUGUCGCUGGACGGGGAGCUUAUGCUGUUGCGUGGAGGUGUGUGA